AUGCCACAGAAAGAACCAAAAAAUACUAGGAAGGCUAUUAAAAAAGCUGAUUUGGCAGAAUUGGACAAACAAUAUUUAUUUGAAAUCAACGUAAAACUUCAACAAAGGAGAGUGGACUUGAUACAAGAGGCUCUUUCAGAUCUCAAAAAAUCACCCUUAUUGGAGUUUCCAAUCGAAUACUUUGUUCAAAGCCCAGAAAUUAUUAGGAGCUAUACAUUUGUUGACACUGAUUCAAUGCUAUAUAUUUUCAAAUAUUGUUAUUCUAAAUUUAUAUAUAUUUUCAAACUUAAACCUUCAUUGCUGGGAAGACUUGUUGAUAUCCUUAAAUUGAUUUUGAAUUGUUUCUUAGAACAAAUUUGUUCAUUAGACAAGCUCACAUUAAUGGAAAGUUUGAUAAAUAUUUAUGAGGAUAUUGGAAAUUUAUUGCACGAGAAACUAGAUAUUUUGGAUACUUAUAAAAUUGUCGAUCUACUAACAACAAUUUUGAACAGAUCAAGCUCUACCAUCUUAAUGGACUGUAUUGAAAAACUUAGCCCUAUUUUGGAGAAUUUUUUAUUUGACAAUAAUUUAUAUUUGUGUUUUCCUCAAAUACACAAACAAGUUUUGAAUCAAGUUCAACGUUUUGAGAAUAAGGCGUGCAACAAUUUCAAUACACUCCCAGAGAUUGAAAAAUCUUUCAAGCUGUUGGAACAAUUGAUGGACGAAGAUUGUGAUGUACUACCUGAUGCAGAAGCACAUCUAAGCAGGCUUCGUAACAUAUUUCUAAUACUACCACAUACAUUCGAUGCGCGAAUUUUAGAAAGAUACAUGCAAGAAUUAUUUAUAACAUCCGAGUUUUUAGAAGAUUCUUGUAGAGAGUUGUUGUUGGACUUGCUUUCUUGUAAUAAUAAGGAUAUUAGAAGCUAUGCAAUUAAAUUCAUUGCAGAAGAUCAACAUGUGUUUCUUGAAAAGCUUGCUUCUGAAGAUAUAUUCUACCUAAUAUCUCUUCACUCCAUAGAAUUGGAAGAAUCGGUAAAGACUACUUUGGAUAUCGUUCAAAACAGUCCUUGUUCAAUAAGAGGAUUUUUACCAAACCUUCCCUUAUUACAAUGCACUAUCAAAUACUCUGAAAAUAUUCUCUCAGCUAAAGAUAGUUUAGAUGAAGUUACUUCUACUCUUCAAUUAUUUGAAAGACUAAUGACAAAGGAAGAACUAUUGGCUUAUCACACGAGAUUUUUAUUCCACAAAUAUAAGUGGAUUAGAGAGACAGCAAGUGUUAACCUCAAAUCUCUAUUUAUUUUAGAUUUGAAAACAGAAAAUUAUAUCGAACUCAAAGAAGGUGAUCCCUUUUUAAGUUGCUAUUUAGAGGAUGUGGAUAGAUUUUUUGAUUCACCCAUCCCAAAUGAUAGUUUUGAUAUUGAUAUUGAAUCACUAGUAUCACUAAUGAGAGACACAGAGGACUCUCUUAUUUUGAAAUCAGUUGCUAAUCAAUUAUGUACUCUGUUGAGAAUUCAACCACUCAACAGCAAAAUUUUAUCUAAGGAGGUAGCAGAAAUAGUCUUAAACAGAACAUUAGAAAAUAUUUCUAAGGAGUUGCUUGUGUUAUUAAUUCUUAUUUUUGAUAACAAAGAAUUUGCAAUGGAAGAAUCCAAACUUUCCUCCCUAUACAAAUGUAAGUUAAUUGGUCAUAUUCUAUUUUCUUAG